AUGCUCCGAUCUCAUACAGUGAGUGUCUCAUUCCGGCUGGACGUAUCGUGUCUGCUGCAGUUUCUUGUCAUCGGGACCACUGUGGUUUACGUUUGCGUCAAACACCGAAAAAUUGGAAUAUAUUUAAUUAUUACACUAUUUAUUGUGUCUUUGGCGACAUCGUUCGUUACAACCUACUUCAACCAAGCGUACGGAAUGAUUCUAAUAAUGCAUUCGUUCUUGGUGAGCCCAAGCAACUCAUCGGAGUUUAAUCAUUACUACCGACCGUUUUACUAUCGAGGUACUCCAUUCUACGCCGGAUUGCUUGCCGGCGUCGUGGUGGAGGAGCUGAAAAAACGAAAAAUAAAAUUUUCCAAGCCGGUCGUCUACGCUGGGACUCUGGUAGUCAGCACCGUUUGCAUUUGGGUCCAGUUGUACGGGGCAGUGUUCUACGAGACGUCCAGACCUUACAACGCGAUGGAACAGUCGUUGUACGCUGUUUUUAGCCACUGCACGUGGGCUGUUAUAUUGUUCUGGAUAACGAUAUGCCAUUUUACCUCUGGUUACGGUCCAAUAGAAAAACUACUCAACAACAGAUUAACGGUGCCACUGGGUAGACUAUCCUAUGCAGUUAAUCUUGUCAACAUCACCGUCAUGAUGAUGAUAGAAAGUAAACAAAGAACAGCUGUAACUCCUUCAUCAUAUUUGUUGGUUGAUGGAUGGAUUAUCGGGUCCUUCAGAACAUACUUUGUGGGAACUUUGCUGUAUUUGAUCAUUGAUGCACCGUUUGGGCUGUUGAUCAAACUAUUAUUGUUUGGAAAAACACGUGGACACGUCGAUCGCGUCGACACUAUGGCAACACCAAAUGAGACGGACGCCAAAACCAAAUGA